GAGCCGCCUCCAGAACCCUCAAAGAGAAGGAGAAGCUCACACCGCCCUAACCUGUCGCCGCCGUUUAUCCUUGCCGCCGCCAGCUACGCCGUCGGGAAGAAGAGAUGCGCGAAAGAGGGAAGGUCGAUUCUGUCACCACCGCCGUGCCGCGCUCCAUGCUGACGCUACCACUGUUCUGCCACGAGAGAAGGAUAUGUGAGGGAGGAAACAGAACCGCGUGGGAGCUCAGCCAUGGAGAGAAGAGACGCGCAUCGAAUCUAUCUUCACCAGUCCGCCCAGCCGACCCGUCGCCAAACCACGUCGCCGUCCGUGAAGCUAUCUCCGUCGCCGCUGCUGGAGGUCGCCAUCGGAGCCACCGCUCCACUUCUGUCAUUCUUCUUUUUACAAUUGUUGCUGAGCCACUGAAGCUCCUGGCCGCUAUCGGAGCUGCUGCCGGUUAAGUUUGGCGUGGCUGGCAUGUCGU